CACGAAUUGAAGAUUUUAAUAAGCAACGAGACACCGAGCCCCGACUUCCACGAUUUGAAUGCGAAGGGUAUAUCCUUAUUACAAUUAAGCGAUCACAUGAAUUAGCCUAUAUUCGCAUCCAUCAUCUGCUGCAUCCACGACCUCAGUCUGUAUCC